UUCUUCAGACAUUUUUCAUCGCUCAGUACAAUACCGUUAAAUAAAACACUUAAACAUGGUUAAGCUAAUUUGUCUGGUUUUCACUUUGAUUUUCUGCACAGUAUUAUUUUCAUCUCAAGCGCUGCCUACUCCAGACGAAGAGCGCUACAUGGAAAAAGAUUACAACCGCGAAUUUUUGAAUUGGCUCAACUCCAUACAAUACCCACAGCCUUAUGCAACCCCUUGUAAAUAUUACCCGAUCAAUAGUUUGACUGGACCUGUACCAAAACGAAACUCGGAGUUAAUCAAUUCAUUGCUUAGUCUGCCAAAAAGCAUGAACGAGGCUGGAAAAUAAAGUAUGUAUUAAAGAAAAGAGAAUAUGUACAUAGAUACAUCCGUUUCGAAGGCAACAGGCAAUGGUAGAGAUUAGGUAUUCCCUAUACAAAUACAUUUUUUAUUAACAAAUUGUAAAACAAUUCAAAUAUACUCUACUGUAUUACGAAUUAUGUAAAGAUGUAACAUGUA